AUGGCUUCCAUCCACUUACAACUACAAGCCUUCUCCCUCGUAUACUUAUUACUCCUUCUCACAUGCACUACAUCUUUCUUAAACCAUGAUGAAGAGUGCUUAGCCUUGUUUCAAUUUAAGCAAACCAUUCUUCCUCAGAACUAUGAUGCUGCUGCUGGGUUUCUAAAUGGUUCUGGUUCUGGUCCUGGUUCUGAUUGUUGUUUGUGGGAAGGUGUGGUAUGUAGCAGCAAUAAGGGCCAUGUGGUUGAGCUUGACUGGAGCCAAAGCUCUCUCAGUGGAAUUAUCAACUCCAACAGUACCCUCUUCAAGCUUCUUCACCUUCAGGUACUUAAUCUCUCCAUGAACAACUUUGUUCAAUCUCAAAUCCCCCAUGAGAUUGCUGCUCUUAAGCAAUUAAGAAGCCUCGAUCUCUCUGAUUCUGGAUUUUAUGGCCGAAUCCCAAAUGAAAUCUCACAGUUAAGACAACUCAUUUCGUUAGAUAUAUCAGGGAAUCCCCUAAAGCUUCAUAGUUCUGGCCUUGGAUAUUUGUUGAAAAACAUGACUAGACUCGAAUACCUCGAUCUCUCUGAGGUUGACCUGAGUUCAUCCGUACCUCGUUUCCUGGCCAAUUUUUCUUCCUUGAGGUCUAUCAGACUCGGAGAUUGUCAGCUUCAAGAUGAAUUUCCUUCAGCAAUAUUUCACUUGCCCAAGUUGAAACAUCUUAACUUAGCAAACAAUCUCAAACUUACCGGUUUCCUGCCUGAAUUUCAUAACAAUACCUUACUUGAGUAUCUAAGCCUGUUUUCAACAGGUUUUAGUGGGAUUAUACCAGAAUCCAUAGGAAACCUAAACCUUUUGUACUUCUUGUCAUUUGAAACAUGUAAUUUCUCAGGGCGUAUACCAGCUUCACUACCAAACUUGACACAACUAACUUACUUGUCUCUUUGCAAAAAUGAAUUCACCGGACAUGUCCCUUCCUUGGCAAGUCUUUCGAAACUCACUUUUUUGAGUCUUGGUUUUAACGAUCUCGUGAUAGAAGGCGUGUACGAUUGGGUUAAUAAACUCACUAACCUUAAUACACUGAAUCUAAACAGUAUGAACAUACAAGGGGAAAUCCUACCUCAUCUUGCAAACCUAACCAAACUUAGUGUUGUCUCAAUGGCAGACAAUUUUAUUUUUGGUCGUAUCCCAUCUUCAUUUAUGAACCUCACCCAACUAACAGUGUUAAACUUAUACGGAAAUCAACUGCAAGGGAAAAUUUCAAACUCGUUUUUGAAUUUUAAACGCCUCGAAUUUCUUAACGUACAUGAAAAUAAUUUUAGCGGCACAGUGGGCGUAGACUCAUUUUUAGGACUCAACAAACUCAAAUAUAUUGUUUUAAGUCAUAAUAGCUUGUCAUUUGUAACCACCACCAACUACACCAAUGCUACCCUACCAGAAUUGGAAACUCUAGGACUGGCAUCUUGCAACUUGAAGGAAUUCCCAGCUUUUUUGCGGUUCCAAACGAAAUUGACAGGCUUAGAUCUUGGGCACAAUGAAAUUGAGGGCCUCGUACCAGAUUGGAUUUGGAAUAAUAGCCAAGAAACAUUACGGAUGUUUUCCAUGGAACACAACUUCAUCACCGGGUUUCAUCAGCAUCCCCGUUUUCUCCCAUGGGUUCGUUUGGAAAUUUUUGUGGUGCCAUAUAAUGAGCUACGAGGGCGGCUUCCAAUUCCUCCGCAUACAAUAGUUGUUUAUCACGUCGCAAACAAUAAUCUGACUGGAGAAAUACCACCAUGGAUAUGUGAGGUAAAAUCCCUUCAAGUCCUAGAUAUAUCUUCCAACAUGAUGACUGGAACCCUUCCUCAAUGUUUAGGUAACUUAAGCAAUUCGUUGUCGUAUUUAGAUCUGAAACAAAAUAGUUUUCAUGGGCCGAUGUUGAAUACAUCACAUGGAUGCCUUUUAAAGAAGAUUGAUUUGAGUGAAAAUCGAUUUAGUGGUAAGGUGUCAAGGACUUUGGCCAAUUGUAUCAAUUUAGAGUUUCUAUCUCUUGCAGCUAAUUCUUUUGAAGACGUUUUUCCGCUUUGGUUGGGAACUCAUCCCAAGCUACAAGUGCUCAUUUUGAGAUCUAAUAAGUUUUAUGGUGCAAUUCAAGGUCUAUCUAGCUCACAGUUUCUUCAGCUAAGGAUCAUAGACAUUUCCAACAAUGGCUUUAGUGGUCAAUUGCCUCACAAGUCAUUCCAAAAUUGGAAUGCAAUGAAAUCUGUUAAUCUUAGCAGAUCAUUUGCUAUGGGUGACAUGAUUCCUUUCAAUACAUAUGCAACGUUUAUGUUUACGUUUCAAUACUCGAUGACGUUAACAAAUAAAGGUGUCAAGAGAGAGUACACGAAAAUUCUAACCAUUUUCACAGCCAUCGAUCUCUCAUGUAACAACUUUAAAGGGCAGAUCCCACAAUCACUCCAAGAUCUUCACGGACUUGAAUCUCUUAAUCUUUCCAACAACCAUUUUACAGGACAUAUAUUGCCAUCUUUAGGAAACCUAAAGAAUCUUGAAUCUUUGGAUGUUUUCCAAAAUGAGUUAUCAGGACAAAUCCCUCAACAAUUGUUGCAACUUGGCUUCCUUGCUUUUCUUAAUGUGUCCUACAACCACCUUGAUGGGCGCAUACCACAAGGGAAACAGUUCAAUACAUUUGAGAACAAUUCCUACUUGGGAAAUCCUGGACUGUGUGGAAAACCGUUAUCCAAAGAAUGUGAAAAUUCACAGGUACCAACGGUACUUCCACCAACAAGCAGGAAUGAGUAUGAGUCUCUUCUGCCUGGUGACAUAAUUGAUUGGAUGGUGAUAUUAUUGGGAGUCGGAAGUGGUCUGAUUAUUGGAAUCGUUAUCGGGAACCUUCUAUAUGCAAGGUAUGGUCAUUGGUUCCUUGAACGACUUGGGAUGAGAAAGGACAAAUGGGUAAGGCCAUUAAGGAACACACGGAGAAACUAA